CAAUGAUUCAACCAUGUCGAGUGAUUAUACACACCUGAAUUAUUUAUCCGCAAUUCUUACUAUUUAUACAAAUGAUAAUUGUCAUGAUGUUCUAACAAAUUACAUAAAAAUUUUAAACAUAAAUGGCCACAGGUGAACAAACCAUGAUCGAAGAGCCUAAUGAUGAUGAGGUACUAUUAAAAAUUGCUUCUGUGGGAAUUUGUGGUUCAGAUAUACACUAUUUAAUUCAUGGAAGAAUUGGUGAUUUCAUUGUCAAAAAACCUAUGAUCAUGGGACACGAAUCUUCUGGAACUGUUGUGAAAGUUGGGAAAACUGUUCAAAAUUUAAAGGUUGGCGAUAGAGUGGCCAUCGAGCCUGGUGUUCCAUGCCGGAUUUGUGAAUUCUGUAAAUCUGGACGUUAUAAUUUAUGUCCUGACAUUAAAUUUUGUGCUACUCCACCUGUGAAUGGUACAUUGCGAAGAUUUUACAAGCAUGCUGCUGAUUUUUGUUACAAAUUACCUAACCAUGUAUCAUUGGAAGAAGGAGCAUUAUUAGAACCCUUAUCAGUCGGUGUACAUGUUUGUAAACGCGCCGGUAUUGGUAUUAAUUCCAGUGUUUUAAUUAUGGGAGCAGGCCCUAUUGGUCUCGUUACUUUACUUGUAGCUGAAGCAAUGGGAGCAAAAAAUGUGAUUAUAACAGAUAUUAAGCCAUAUAGAUUAAAAAUUGCUGAAAACUUAAAAGCAAAGGGAACGUUCCUUAUAAAAGAGGACAAUACAAUUAAUUACAAUAUUGAAAGACUCCAUUCAUUAUUUAAUGGGAAACCAGACGUAACAAUCGAUGCAUCUGGAGUGGAAUCGUCCAUACAGUUAGCAAUACGUGUUACUAAGACCGGCGGAUGUGUUGUAUUAGUAGGAAUGGGACGAUCUGAAAUGAGAAUUCCAAUAAUUGAUGCUCUCAUUCGAGAAGUUGAUAUAAAGGGUGUUUUUCGAUACGUGAAUAAUUAUCCAGAAGCUUUAACUUUGGUGACUAAUAAUAAAGUGAAUGUUAAACCUCUCAUUACUCAUAAUUACAAUAUCAAAGAUGCUCUCCAAGCUUUCGAGAUUGCUAAAGGAAAUCAAGAUGGUGUUAUUAAAGUUAUGAUACACUGUGGAUUAUAAAAAAAAUAUAAAAUUUUAUGAGAUUAUAUUACGUUGACCAAUUACAUUAUAUUAAAGAUUUGAGAAUAUUUUCAAUAAAGUUACUAUCUAAGUAUUAUAAC